AAAUCCCCACCCCCCCCACCCCAAAAAACCCCCCCAAUUCCCCCUACCCACCCCCCCCUAACCCCACCCACACUAAAAUCUACCACCAUCCCACCCACACAAAAACCUCCCCCCCCA